AUGAAGGGCCUCUUCAACUCCAAAAAAUCUCCCAAAAAGCACCCACCCAGUGACGACGUCAGUCCUCAUCAUCCGCAUCCGCACCCACACGCACAUCCACGCUCCCCCCAAGCCCUCUUCACCUCUGAUUUGCCGUCACCGUCGCAGCCCGCUCGGUCGGCGCCCUCUUCGCCUGUCAAGGCCUCCCCAACCUCGAGCAAGUCGCCCACCAAGAAAUCUGCGCGCCCCGCAUCGCCUGGUCAGACCCAGAAGGACCAGCCCAAGUCGCGAAGCUCUCGCUCUUUCGCGCGCCAGUCUGCCACCGACUCGUCACGGCGCAGCAAAUACGAUCCCAACACACAUCCCCUGAAUCUGCCUCCUGACGAGAUCAAGCGUCUCUCUGCUCUAUCCACCAUGAGCGACCGGAGUUCCUUCGACAAGAUGGAUGUUGACAAGGAGCCUGCAACCGACGCCCCGUCCUCGCCACCUCCUCCCCAGCAGCCUCCCCAGCAGCCUCCCCAGCAGCAGUCUUCUUUUGCUGUCCCUAUCAAUUCGCCCACCUCCGGCACGAAUGGACUGAAGGAGAAUGGCAGCGAUGAGGGACCUGCGCCCCCGCCGCAUCGCUCAAACCCCUCGAGUCCGGUACCCUCCGAGGCUGAGCAGGCUGAGAAUUUCAAGUCUCUUGGUAACAAGUCUUUUAAGGAGAAGGACUACAAGAAGGCUAUUGCGGAAUACACCAAUGCUAUUGUUCUGAUGCCCGAAUCUGCCACUUACCUCAGCAACCGUGCUGCAGCCUACAUGUCAGACGGCCAAUACGAGGCCGCAUUGGAGGAUUGCUCCCGCGCACUUGACCUAGACCCCCACAACGGCAAGAUUCUGCUCCGUCUCGCUCGAAUCUACACCAGUUUGGGUCGACCUGAUGAAGCGAUGACUACCUUCGGCCGAAUACAGCCUCCGCCGUCGGCGAAAGACAUGGCAACGGCAAGGACCAUGCAGCAACACGUCAAGGCUGCUCAAAAUGCUCUCGACAGCGGUAUCAGCGGAUCUAUGGUUAUUCAUGGACUGGAGCAGGCUGAGAAGCUGCUCGGACCGGGUGCAUCACGGCCCCGCAAGUGGCAGUUGAUGAAGGGCUAUGCGCACCUUAAGAUGGGCGGGAUCAACUCCUUGGGCGAGGCACAGAACAUGGCCAUGUCGCUGUUGAGACAGAACAGUCAAGACCCGGACGCCUUGGUUUUGCGAGGACGUGCAUUAUACGCGCAAGGCGACAACGACAAGGCCAUUCAGCACUUCCGAAAGGCUCUGAGCUGCGACCCGGACUUCAAGGAUGCAGUCAAGUGGCUCCGGACCGUGCAGAAGCUUGAUCGAAUGAAGGAAGAGGGUAACUCUGACUACAAGUCCGGUCGAUGGCAAGCCGCUUUCAACAAGUACUCGGCUGCCUUGGAGAUCGAUCCCACAAACAAAGGCACGAAUUCGAAGCUCUUGCAGAACCGUGCUCUCUGCCGGCUCAAGUUGAAGCAGUACGACGACGCUAUUGUCGACUGCGAGCGCGCUAUCAGUCUGGAUUCCGGCUACAUGAAGGCUCGAAAGACCAAGGCCAAUGCGCUCGGCCAAGCUGACAGAUGGGAGGAGGCGGUCCGGGAGUGGAAGUCGAUCCAAGAAAUCGACCCCGAAGACCGAACGAUUGCCAAGGAGAUCCGGAAGGCCGAGCUGGAGCUCAAGAAGAGCCAGCGUAAGGACUACUACAAGAUCCUGGGUGUGCCGAAGGAUGCCGAUGACAACCAAAUCAAGAAGGCAUAUCGUAAACUCGCCAUUAUCCACCACCCGGACAAGAAUCGGGACGACGAGGCCGCUGCCGAACGCUUCAAGGACAUUGGCGAAGCCUAUGAGACCUUGAGCGAUUCUCAGAAACGUGCUCGCUAUGACAGUGGCGAGGACCUGAUAGACCCCUCUGAAAUGUUCGGAGGCGGAGGCAUGGGCGGCGGUAUGGGUGGUAUGGGCGGCAUCGAUCCCGAAAUCAUCAUCAACAUGAUGAAUCAGGGAGGCGGUGGCUUCGGCGGCGGGGGGGGCUUUGGUGGUGGUGGAGGCGGUCGCAGCCGCGCCGGGGGAUUCCCUGGUAACUUCCACUUUGGUUGA